AUGACAAGUUUAAGACAAUCUCUCGAAGAUAAUCUUCUAAGCAAUUCCGAAAUAUCAAAUAUUACUCAAAUAUGGCGCUUAAUUAAUAAAACUGUUAUCGAAAUUGAGAACUGUCAUCGUAAAAAAUUGUCCGAAAUCGCACCGAUCGAAGUUUUCGUCUUUAGAAAUGCUAUUUUAUACUCAUUUGGUAUUUGUACGACAAUUGGAUAUGGAAAUUUACAUCCACGAACGGUUCAUGGGCGAAUACUUACAGUAAUCUAUGCAGUUAUUGGAAUUCCGUUAAAUAUAGCAUUUAUUUCUGAUCUCGGCCAAUUAAUCUCUUCAACUGUGAAAUAUGCUGUUCAAAGCUUUCAAAAAUACAUUAUGAAUAAAACAGCAGAUGAUCCUUGGAUUGAAUACAAAAAAUUUUCAUCGGUUGUUGUAAUUGCUGUCAUUAUGACUCCUUCACUUGCAAUUAUUGUUAUGAAUGCAGAAAGAUUACGACAAUGGAGUUAUGUAGAUUCACUUUACUACACGUUUACAACGUCUACGUUAAUUGGUUUGGGCGAUUUUACACCACAACCAUCUUAUGUUCAAUUUUUUUUCUUAAUGCCAUUGUUUUUCAUAGCUGAAACUGUUUUUGCACUAGCUCUUGGAUUCAUUACUGCAAGUUUUUUGGCUCUUUACACGGAAACAGAAUCGGCUUUAGCUGUACGUACUGAUCCAAAUUAUUAUGACGCUCGAAUAGCUAAAUUAUCAGCACAAAAAAUGCUUAUGAAUGAAAAAAUUGAUAAGGAAAUGCACAUGCUGGAAGCAGUACCAAGUAAAGUUCACGUUGGAGUACUCAAUGCAGGAAUGCAAGGUUAG